CGGAAGCUGCGCAUGCGUCAGAAGUCAACAACAAUGGCGUCCUCCAUUGCUGCGCACAGGUUACAUAUGAGUGGAAAGAGCAACCUCGUGAAAUAUCUCCGAAAGGUGGACAGUUUUUUUCACAGAGGUGUCGGAACUACAGCUGUUCCAGCCCAUGCCGACAUACCAACAAAGGACGAAACCACAGGUGAAAAGGAUGGACGUCUGUCUUUUUACGCUGUCCAAGUCCAAAGACAAGAGCAGGCAGAAAGAUCCGUUCUCAUCAACUGCCCACACAAAACCAGCGAGAAAAAGAUCCUCAAAUUUUUAUCAUCGCAUGGUGAUAUUAACAAGUGCUUCACUUAUGAAAGCUAUGGCAUGCAUGCAGUGGUUGAGUUUGCUUCACAAGACAGCGUGUCGUCGUUACUCGAUGGGGCCGGCAUCCCCAGCAACAACCAUGAAUCUAUGGUUCCUUAUAAAUCAAGACUAAUGACACUGCGAGGUCUAACGGAAGUAACCAACCAGCAGUCCAGUAAACUGAGCCACCCCCAAACCACCAUUCCCAUUAAUGAGUUGAUUCAGAGACUUUCUCAAGAGGAGAGUAUAGACCAACAAAUAAUCUCCUUGACAGAAGCUUACCAGCUAACUGAGGAAAACAGCCGACUGCGUUUCCUCGUCUGCUCUCUGCUCAAAGACAUUGCCGCUGCUUAUUUUCCAGAAUGCUCCAUUAAACCAUUUGGAUCUUCAGUGAAUGGCUUUGGAAAGCUGGGCUGUGAUUUGGACAUGUUUCUGGACCUGGACGGCAUCAGUGGAAGGAAUUUAAAGAUGCCAAAAUCUGGUUUGACCUUGGAGUACCAGAUGAAGCGGGCCACUUCAGAGCGUGGUGUCACACAGAGCAUCCUGACUGUCAUUGGUGAAUGUGUGGACCAAUUUGGGCCUGGCUGCGUUGGUGUGCAGAAGAUCCUGAACGCCCGAUGCCCCCUCGUCCGUUUUGCCCACCAGCCGUCUGGUUUUCAGUGUGACCUCACAGCCAACAACAGGGUGGCGAUGAAGAUCUCAGAGCUUCUUUACCUUUAUGGCCAACUGGAUCCAAGGGUGCGGCACCUGGUGUUCACCGUGCGAUGUUGGGCCCGAGCACACGGAGUGACCAGCAGCAUCCCCGGGGCCUGGAUCACCAACUUCUCUCUCACCGUCAUGGUGCUGUUCUUCCUGCAGGGGAGACGGCCCUCUAUCAUCCCCACUCUGGACCACCUACGAGACCUUGCAGGUACCAAACAGCAACAGCUGUCCAAGAACUCCAGCUUCACGAUGAUCUGAACAGAA